AUGAUCCCAUCACUUGCCUGGAUAUGGAUUGUCGCGUUCAUGCCGGAGGCAAGUGCAGAUUUUGUCUCUGUCAACUACCAAAAGUACAACAAUGGAGACCUGGGCCAUCGUCCUCAUCUGGAAUUUCACUCGAGCACCGAAUAUUCGCCUGUACUACAAGUGAAUAUAUGGGAUCGCGAUGCCAUAUCUCGAGAAGGCUCCCAUAUAUUUCUCCGACAUGACGGCAACGAAUCGUCGCCUCUCUCAUCACCGCUCAUCCUCGACGCCAACGACUUGAGCGCUGUGUUUAUGAAUCGAUCUUUCCAAAAUGUCUUCGGUACUCGAGUGCAGGAAAAUUUCGGGAAAAAAUAUUUGACGUUCUGGGAAGGAGAGAAAGGCGAGGGGGUUGGAGAUGGCUAUGGUCUUGCGUACGACGACACGUACCGUUUGGCGUACAAAGUGUCGGCGCAGAAUAUCAAAGUACACAGUGAUCUCCAUGAGUUCGCAUUCACAGGUAAUGGAACAGCAUUGGUCACGGGAGUCAACAAGAUACGAGCUCGAGGGUCGAACUACAAGGACUGGGACCUACCUUUCGAGUUCGAGAUUCUGGACGGGAUUAUCCAGGAGAUCGAUCUCGAGACAAACAUGGUACUUUUUGAUUGGCGGGCACUCGACCACGUCAACCCAAUGGAUUCUUACGAACAGAGAGGACGAGGAUGGGAUGCAUAUCACCUGAAUAGCAUCGAGAAGACCCAGGCAGGAAACUAUCUUAUUUCGAUGCGCCACAUCCACUCAAUAAUGCUAAUUGACGGAAAAACGGGCGAAAUUAUCUGGACAUUAGGCGGCAACCAGAACGACUUUGUCGAACUCCCCCAACUAGGAGGAACAGAGUCAACUCAACCCGUACUGACAAUGCGCUGGCAACACCAUGCUCGCUUCGUUCCUGGAACCAACGAGACCCAAAUGACAUUAUUCGACAACCAUGUCAAGGUGACUUCACACGGCGAGUGCAAUACCCAAUGUUCCCGUGGCCUGCACAUCGCUAUUGACGACUCAGUCUCACCCCCAACCGUCCGGCUUCUCCAAGAGUUCCUCCACCCGUCAAAGCUACAAGCGCAAAGUCAGGGCAGUGUCCAGGUUCUUUCGCCUUCCUCCAAUGACCUUGGAAAUGUGUUUGUCGGUUGGGGCCGGUGUCCGACUUUCACAGAGCACAACUCCACUGGCGAGACGGUCAUGGACGUACAAUUCUCACCGUGGCAUAGCCUCGAUGUCCCUGAUGCGCUUGACAACUAUCGUGCAUAUAAGAUGGAUUGGUCAGCGACACCUUGGUGGGAUCCUGCAAUUGCUGCAAGAAACAAUUGGAAAGGAGAGCUGGUUGUCUAUGUUAGCUGGAAUGGCGCUACUGAGGUGGCAAGUUGGGUGAUUCGGGGCGCGGCUGGAAAUCUGCGAGUGAACCAAGGUGAAGUCUUGGCGAGAUCACGACGAACUGGCUUCGAGACAAAGUUGACGAUUGGCGAGACGGUCUGGAGGUAUCUGUGGGUCGAUGCUAUUGAUCGUGAUGGGAAUUUAAUCCGGUCGAGCGAAGUUGUGGACCUGGACACCGCUGAGUUAUCUGUGGCAUCUGAUCUGUAUAGCGAAUUCGGUUCCGGUGUUCCUGAUAUGCCUCAACCUGAGUCGCUAUCAAGAGCAGCCUUUAUCUUGAUCGCUACUGGUUCGGGGAUUCUGGCCCUGAUCACUGUCGCUGGUUGCAUCAUUUUGUGGCGCCGUUAUAAAAGCUAUAGCUGUCUGAGUCCUGGUGACUUUGCCUUGGACACAGAUGAGGAAUCAGGGGAGGAGAGUGAUGACCAUGAUAAUGAAAUCGAUGAUGAUGGCAGGGAUACAAUAGGUGAGACUGGAAGCGUGUACUCUCAAUCAAGGCGAGAGCAAGCUAGCUAUUCACGACUACUUCGUGCAGUGGAAGGAUACUAA